AUGUCUUCAGUAGACGCCAUUCUUGCAACUAAAUAUCCCGCCAAGGCUCAUGCCCGGCGGGUCGUUGAGGCUCUUCAAGCUCGACAUGGAAAGGUUGGCGCUAUUUACUUAGAGGCGCAGAAAACCCGACUCAUCGAGGACAAUGAUGAGCCAAUGCCCUUCAGACAGCGUCGCCCUUUCUUUUACUUGACCGGAUGUCUCCUACCUGAUGCCUCGGUGAUCUACGACGUCAAAACAGACGAGUUGACUUUGUUCAUCCCUCCAAUCGACGAGGACUCUGUCAUCUGGUCUGGCCUUCCUCUGUCGCCCAAAGAGACUGCGAAACUGUAUGAUGUCGAUCGUGUGCUUUAUACUACCGAUGUCAAUGCGCACUUGGCUGCCAUUGCGGCUAAGCAGGACGGCAAGGCGCCGGCUUUCGCUAUUGCGGAACAAUUCUCGUCAGACGUCGAGUUUAAGGGAUUCUCUGCUACCAAUGUCUCUGUCUUGAAGGACGUUAUUGGGGAUGUCCGCGUGGUGAAAGACGCUUACGAGGUCGCACUGCUCAGGAGGGCGAACGAGAUCUCCGCCAAGGGACAUAUCGCUGCCCUGAAGGCAGCUCAGACCGCGAUAAAUGAGCGCGAGCUGGAGGGCGUCUUCAUCAGCACCUGCAUUGCUAAUGGUUGUAAUGAGCAGUCCUACCACCCUAUCUUCGCCAGCGGUGAGGGCGGCGCUACACUCCACUAUGUCAGCAAUGAUAAGCCUCUCGUUGAUCCGGCAACCCAACAACGGAAAAAAAAUAUCCUUAUUGAUGCGGGUGGUGAAUAUCAAACUUACUGCGCUGAUAUCACUCGCGUGGUCCCAUUGGAUGGUAAAUUUUCGACGGAGACAGCCCAAAUCUACGACAUUGUGCUUCAGAUGCAGGAGGAAUGCAUUGCUAUGCUGAAGGAAGGUGUGCGGUGGGAUGAUGUGCAUGCAUUAGCGCACCGCAUUGCUAUCAAGGGUUUGUUGAAGCUUGGUAUCCUCCGUGGCUCUGCGGAUGAGCUAUUUGAGAAGCGGGUCAGCGUGGCUUUCUUCCCACAUGGACUGGGCCACUACUUAGGGAUGGAUACUCAUGACACCGGUGGUUACCCUAACUACGAGGACUCGGACAAGAUGUUCAAAUAUCUGCGUGUGCGCGGUACCCUGCCAGCAGGCUCUGUUAUUACAGUUGAGCCAGGUAUUUACUUCUGCCGAUUUAUCAUUGAUCCUGUCCUGAAGUCAGCAGAGCUCGGUAAAUACAUCAAUGCGGAUGUUCUUGAACGAUACUGGAGCGUGGGUGGUGUGCGCAUUGAGGAUAAUAUUCAUAUCACCAAGGAUGGUUCUGAUAACCUGACCUCCGCACCAAAGGUUCUGACAGAGAUCGAAAGCCUUGCUCAAUAA